AAGCCUUUUUUUAUCAGAUACCAAAAGUUGCAAUCUUUAUCGUCGUUGUUCUAUACUAAAUCCUUUCAGCAAAAAUAUGGCAAUAUCGCGAAAUGAUCAAGUAUGACACAUAGAAUAGAUCUGCUAUCCCCGUUUAAAUAAAAACAUUUAAUUUCAGUAGGCCUUUAAGGGGCCCUGGCCUUGGAACGUCGGAGGACCACAAACUCGUUUUGCUAGCAGAACGACCUGUUUCCAUGCAUCAAAAAUCUCCCGUGCAGUCCGGGUGUGUUCCGACGCCCGUCGUCUUUCAGAGCGCCGAGACUCCGCCCAAAGGGGGCGGGGUUUGAGGCGUCCUGACAGCGACCGGCUUUCCUUUGGGCCGCAAACGUCACAUUUUCACCUCGUCGUCGUUCAGCCAAGUGUGGCGUUAACCUCUGGAUAGUCGGUCCCUCCUGGUUUGAGUUCUCUAGUGGUUUCUGAUGGCAUCUUAAAGGGAAGAAUCCGUUUUUUGAAGUGAGGUGUGGAACCAGUCGGGCAGGGUGGAUUGGUGCUUCAUGUUGGGUUUCCUGGAUUUUGAUGCACUAAAGACGCUUCCGGAAGGCUGCAGGACUUGACUGGAGCAAAGGGCAAGGGCUAUUUUUCCUUCUUGUUGGACCUGUGUGUGUGUGUUGUGUGCUUUGUAAGUCCUUCCAGUCAGCAAGAUGAGCAAAACGAAGAACAAAAGUGAGAACAAGACAGAAAAAGCUUUAGCGGCUGAAAAGGGGCAAUUUGGGAAACAACAGCUGCACAACAUCAGCAAGUCUCUCACCGCCAACGAAGCGCCGCCCAAGUCCAAGUACGUGCGCAACAUCCUCCUGGGGACGCACAAGGAGGGCGGUGCCGCCACCUUCUGGUCGUACACCCUCAACCUGCCGCUGUCCAGCAACGCCAUCGUCAGCUGGAAGUUCUGCUACGUGCUGCACAAAGUGCUCCGAGACGGCCAUCGCAAUUGCGUCCGAGACUCGCACAGGUACUGCCGCAACGUGAAGGACAUGGGGGCACUGUGGGGCAACUUGCACGACCGAUACGGCCACAUCGUCGCCCUGUCCGCCAAGUUCCUCUGCCUCAAGAUGGCGUUCCACGGCAAGCACAAAACCAUUCCUGGCAACCUGGAGGCCUCGGACGAGACGUUGCACCGGGAAGCGGGAGGCGACAUGGACAACGUGCUGGAUAUGACGCAGGAGCUGUUGGAUUGUUUUGAAGCUGCGCUGAAGAUGUCCGAGACAGUCUUCCGCCAGCUGGACACCAACGGAGCCAAAGCCAACACUCCGGCCGGACAGUGUCGACUCAUCCCGCUCAUCCCGCUCAUCCCGGAGUGCAGCUUCCUCUACCACUUCUGCGUCAUCCUGCUCUUCAAGCUGCACAGCCGCAUCGCGCACGACGUUCUUCUUGGACACAGAGAUAGAUUCCGGGAACUGUUUAACAGCCUCAAGCAGUUCUUCGACAGAGCCAGAGAGAUGGAGUUCUUCAAAAGUAUCAUCCAGAUCCCGGAUCUCCCGGAUGCUCCUCCCAACUUCCUGCGUGCCGCCGCCUUGGCCGAGUAUAAGAGGCCCGUGGUGGUGAUGGCCAACGAAGAUCGCUUUGGUGUUGAAGAUCCGCAACCGGAGCUUAAGGACUCGCAACAGUACUUCACGCUCAGUCAGAUGGGAGUGCCUGAGGUGGACCAGUGGGAGCAGCAGGGGGCGGAGAACCAGAUUCUGAGGAGAGAACUCGACGUCCUGAAACCAGAACUCGAGCUCAUCAAGUCUGAGGCUCAGAGGUGUGUCACGGAGCUCCGGGGCCAGGUGAAACACCUGGAGGCGGAGGUGGAGGAGCAAAGCACCCACAAGCAGAUGGCCCAGGUGGAUAACGAACACCUGCGGAUGGAGGUGGAGGCACUGAGGAGCGCCAACAUGGCAAGCGCCGGCGCUCAGCUCGGCUUCAAGGAGGCGGACGGCCGAGCGCAGGCGGCAGAGUUCCGGUUCACUCAGCUCAAGGACAAGCACGCCGAGCUGGUGACGAGCCACGCCGACCUCAUGAAGAAGAACGCAGACACGGUGAAGCAGCUGGCCCUCACCAAACAAGACCAGGACGGCUUGUGGCGGGCCAAGCAGAAUCUGGAAAGCGAGCUGGAAAGCCUGCGUCAGGAGACAAGAAACUUGAUGGCUCACCAGCAGAAUGAGGCGGACCGCCGGAACAAAGAACUCCUCGACCAAAGAGCCGAGAUGGCGCUUCUUCGCAGCGCCUUGGAGAACAAGGAGAUGGAGGGGUCCCAGGCCAGCAGCAGCAUGUCCGCUCUGCAGGCGGAGCGCGACAUGCUGCUCCGCUCCGCCAGAGAACGAGACGCCGAGCUGUCGGCGCUGAGGCAGCAGCAGAGCGCCGCCGGCCUGGACUGGGAGCGCCUCAACCGGGAGCUGGAGUCUCUCAGGGCUCAGCUGCAGCAGCAGCUCAACAUCAACGCCCAGCAGAAGGUGGAGCUGGACAGGCUGCGCCGCGAGUUGGACUUGGCCCGGGCCGAGCUGGCCCGCGUCAACAACACCCUGCAGAGCCAAGAACUGAGCGGCACCCAGCUGAGCAGCUCGCUGGCGGGCCUGCAGGCAGAGAGGGACGCGCUGAUGCGGUCGGUCCGGGAUCAGGAGGCGGAGCUUAACGGCCUCCGCCAGCAGGCGCAGCUCCACCAUAGCUCCAUGGAGCAGGAGAGGCAGCGCAGCAGCAUGGAGCUGGGGAGUCUGCACGCUCAGUUGCAGCAACAGGCCUGUCGGGAAGGCGAGCUGUCCAAAAAACUGCAGGAGGAGCAGUUCUGCCUGCUGCAGUGCGCCGUGGUGGAGGCCGAGGGCAUCAUCCUGGACGCUGUGGCCAAACUGGACGACCCCAUCCACGUCCGCUGCAUCAGCUCGCCCGAUUAUUUGGUGAACCGUGCUGAGAUCACUCUGGGCUCAGUGGACAAAAUGCAGCAGAGUCAUUUGGCCUACCUGGGAAACAGGAAUGACGCCAGCGGCCUGCUGAGAGCCGUCACUCAGUUCUCCCACAUGGCGGCCGACACCAUCGUGAACGGCGGCGCCACCUCUCACUCGGCUCCCACGGACCAGGCCGACCGUUUGACCGACAGCUGCCGGGACUGCUCCAAUCACUGCCUCCGGUUCUUGAAGGACCUGAAGCAGCAGGCCACCUUGCAGAGGGCCGACUCCGCCGCCAUACGCUACGCCGUCCAGCGCAUCCUGGCUUUGGGGCAGGAGCUGCGUCCAAAGGGGCAGGACGUCCUCAAGGAGGAGCUGGGAGACAUGGUGGACAAGGAGAUGCUCGCCACGUCCACCGCCAUCGAGGAGGCGGUGCUGCGUAUGGACGAGAUCCUGUCCCAGGCCAGGAGGGACACCAGCGGUUUGAAGCUGGAGGUCAACCAGAGCAUCCUGGGAUCCUGCUCGGACCUGAUGAAGGCGGUGCACAUGCUGGUCACGGCCUCCACCGACCUACAGAAAGACAUCGUGGAAGGAGGGAGGGGAGCCGCUUCCUCUACAGAAUUCUACGCCAAAAACUCCCGCUGGACCGAAGGCCUCAUCUCGGCGUCCAAGGCCGUGGGCUGGGGCGCCACUCAGCUGCUAGACUCCGCCGACCGGGUGGUGAGCGACGGCGGCACGUACGAGGAGCUCAUCGCCUGUUCGCACGAGAUCGCCGCCAGCACGGCUCAGCUGGUGGCCGCCUCCAAGGUGAAGGCCGACCGCGGCAACAGGAAGCUGUCCACGCUGCAGCAGGCCUCGCGCCACGUCAACGACAUGGCCGCCGUGGUCGUCACCUCCUCCAAGCACGGACAGCGGCAGAUCUCGGACGAAGGGUCGAUGGAUUUCUCCGGAAUGUCACUCAUCAAACUGAAGAAAGAGGAAAUGGAGGCUCAGGUGAAGGUUCUGCAGCUGGAAAGUCAGCUGGAGCAGGAGCGCGUCCGCCUGGGCGAGCUCAGGAAGCGGCACUACGACCUUGGCGCCGGGGAGGACGACAGGGUGAACGGGGACGACAGCUUCCCGCCGCCGCCUCCGCCCACUCUGCUGGACCCCGACACUUUCUCGCCCGCGCAGCCUUCGCCGCAGAGCUUCGCAUCUACCAACCCUUUCGCGCCUGCCGCCGCCACGCCGUCUUUCCCGCCGCCGGGGGCGUACACGCCCACUCAGACGUACACGCCCACUCAGACGUACACGCCGCCUCAGCCUUACACGCCAUCACAUUCCUACACGCCAUCACAUUCCUACACGCCACCGCAGUCUUACACGCCGAGCCCCAGCCUCAAUUACGUCGCACCUCAGACCUUCUCAUCCUCCCAACCUUCCUCAUUGACGUCCAGCUUCUCCCAGCCGCCAUCCCAGUUCCAUACCGCCAGCGCCGCCACCACCACAACCACGCCGACCACAGACGCGAAGGGCUUGGACAAACUCGGCCUCAACUUGAGGAAACCCAGCAUCUUCAGCAAAUCUGGAAACCUGUUUAAGAACGCGUUCAAGCGACCGGAAGCCAGAAAUGAAGAAUCUUGAGGCCCCCCGCAGAGGAAACACGUGUCGUAUGAUUUAUUUCUCUUCAACUUUCGCUUUCAUUCCUUCUCAUUUGGCUCCAAACUCUCCCAAAGUUAUCAGGAGAGUUAUGUCGCCCUCUAGCGUUCGAGUGUGACCAUUACAGCAAAAGCACUUUUCUCCUCUUAAUAUUUCUGCACAUUCUCAGACUUAUCAACUCUACUUUUUUUUUUUCCCCUCAUACAUUGGCUGUGUUGCACCACAAAAAAGUCAUUAUUGUACAAUAAAUUCAUAAAAUGUUUGAAAUAUGA